UUUCCUCCGCCCUACGUCAGAGGGGCUCAGGGCGCCGUGGGGGUGGAGUUGAGUUGAUUGACGCAUGCAAAGAACCAAUGAAAUGAGAGAAAUCAGAUACAGCGCGAGGGUCUGGACUAAAUGUAGCCAAUUGCAGAGGGAGGAGGGACAAAAGCUGAAUAGUGGCACUGUUCGUAGCUUAAGUUGUCUGCCACGUAUUUGGCAUUCCUGCCAUGUAGUUAUUUUAGGAACCGUAUUUUUUUUUUGUAGAAUUAGCUUUUCGUUCGAUUUAAGGGUAAAGUGAGUACCUUAGCUUUUCGUCAUGAAAAUGAUCAUUUUUUCUAUCUUCUCGAUAUUGCCCACGUUGCUUGUGAUGGUCACCGGGGGGAAACUGCCCGAGCCAGAAGUGAACAUCGAAGUUAUUCACAAACCCUUAAUGUGUUACCGCAAGACGAAAUAUGGAGACAUGCUACUCGUGCAUUACAAGGGAUUCUUGGAGAGCAAUGGCACCAUGUUUCAUUCCAGCCGAGAAGAAGGAGAUAGAAAUCCAGUGUGGUUCACUCUCGGGAUCCGAGAGGUGAUAAAGGGCUGGGACAAGGGUCUGCAGAGCAUGUGCACAGGGGAGCGCAGGAAGCUGACCGUCCCUCCAUCCCUGGCAUAUGGCAAGGAGGGAAAAGGCAAGAUCCCUUCAGGCAGCACUCUAAUUUUUGACAUUGAGCUCAUGGAGAUUCGAAACGGUCCGAGGUCCCAUGACUCUUUUCGGGAGAUGGAUCUCGAUGAUGACUGGAAGCUCUCUCGAAAGGAGGUGAAGGAGUACCUGAAGAAGGAAUUUGAGAAACAUGGCUACUCGCCUAAUGACACACAUCAUGAAGUGAUGGUAGAUGACAUCUUCAAAAAUGAGGAUGAGGAUAAAGAUGGUUUUAUAUCUGCGAGGGAAUUCACCUACCAACACGAUGAGCUCUGAGAGAUUGAUUUCCACCACCUUUUUUUUUUAACUAAAAAGAGUGCUUGUUUAUGAAUUGUUACACUUUGGAACAGUGUUGUCUUAUUUUUGUUUCAGCUUGAAUGCAUCAGCUCAAUUUUUUUAAAUCAUUUAUGUAAAAUUACAUUCAUAUGUAUUUAUUUACAAUGUGCACACACAUAUGUAUGCAUAAAUGUAUUUAGGACAGUGUUAGAUUUUUUCAUGAAAUUAAUUGUUCUGUUUUUAAAAUAAACAUAACUUGUUAGU